AUGUCGUCCUCUGAAGAUGAACAUUCCGACGACUCGCACAGCGGCUCUGGGCGACGAACAAAAACACCCUCACCAUUCUACCUCCCAUUGAACGUCGCCUUCUACGCUUUUCUCGGCUCCAACGCAAUUGCAGCUGCCUAUGCGCCGAUUCAAGACUGCGAUGAGAUCUUCAACUACUGGGAGCCAACACACUAUCUUGACCAUGGAUAUGGACUACAGACAUGGGAAUACUCACCCGAAUAUUCCAUCCGAAGCUGGCUAUACGUUAGUCUCCAUGCCGCCGUUGGAAUGAUAACGAAGAUCUGGAGUUCAAACAAGAAAACCCAAUUCUAUGUCAUCCGAGCCGCUCUCGCCUUCGUCUGUGCUGCCUGUGAAACCCGGUUAUAUUCCGCGAUUUCCAGAACUCUCAAUAAAAGAAUUGGCCUGCUUUUCUUGAUCAUUACGGUUUUCAGCCCCGGCUUCUUCCACGCAUCGGCGGCGUUUUUACCGUCUACCUUCACGAUGUAUACGUCGAUGUUAGGAUUGACGGCAUUUUUGGAUCGAAGUGGCAAGAACAAAAUCGCUGAGGGCAUCAUGUGGUUUGGCAUAGGUGCUAUCGUUGGCUGGCCGUUUUCCGGCGCCUUACUUCUUCCUCUACUUACCGAAGAAGUUCUUUCGUCUAUUUUCUCCGGUCACCUUGGAAAUACCCUGCGGCAGAUUGUCAAUGGGGGCAUUAGGUGCAUUGUUAUCCUUGGACUGGAAAUCGGAGUCGAUUCUCUUUUCUUCCAAAAGUUCGCAUUUGUUCCGUGGAACAUCGUCGCAUACAAUGUAUUCGGAGGCGAAGGAAGAGGACCGAACAUUUUCGGCACUGAGCCAUGGACCUUUUACAUUCGGAAUUUGCUCUUGAAUUUCAAUGUUUGGUUUAUCCUGGCCGCUUCAAUUGCGCCUCUUCUCAUCUUGCAGGCCUUGUUCGGAGGUCGUGCUUCAUCCAGUCAGGCGGUUUUAAGGUCUCUCGCCUUUGUCUCUCCUUUCUACCUCUGGCAAGCGAUUUUCACCGUCCAACCUCACAAGGAAGAACGAUUCAUGUAUCCUGCGUAUCCCUUUCUUGCCCUCAACGCAGCACUUGCUCUUCACCUGAUAUUGGCAUACGUCGGAACAAACAAGCCGGACACUUUGAUGGGUCUCAUCCCAGGCAAAGUCAAGUUCAUGGCCGUUGCAGCAUUUAUGUUGCUUUCCAUCAACGCGGGACUUUUGAGAUCUGUCGGCAUGAUGACUGCUUACGGAGCGCCCUUGAAAGUAUAUGAUGCGCUCGACACACCAGGACUUGCGCAGGACGGUGACUUUCUCUGCUUGGGCAAGGAAUGGUACCGAUUCCCUUCUUCUUUCUUCCUGCCGCAAUCCAUGCGAGCCAAAUUUGUGAAGAGUGAGUUCUCAGGUUUGUUACCUGGUGAGUUUCCCGAGGGAGCCAGUAUGCAGACAUUACUCGCGGGUACAUCUGCGAUUCCCACGGGUAUGAAUGAUCGAAACGAGGAGGAUCUAUCAAAAUACGUUGACAUCUCUCAAUGUACAUUUUUGGUCGAUUCCUACUUCCCCAGUAGACCAUCGACAGACCUAGAGCUGGAUUACAUACACAACCAGGAGGACUGGGAGGUACUGGCUUGCCAUCAAUUCCUAGAUGUAUCAGAAACCGCAACUUUGGGUCGGGUGUUGUGGAUUCCGAAUUUACCUUUCGUUCCUAGUCGAUUUAGGCGGCAUUGGGGAGAUUAUUGUUUGUUACGACGGAGACAGGCUUCGUCAUGA